AUGGCUACAAAUGAAAUGGCUCCAGAUGAGUUGGCACCAGGCUCCUCCACAGAACACUUCACAGAGCAUCUGGAAGGAACACGGUCGCGAUCGCGGUCACCACACACAUGGAAUGAUCCUCUAACUCAGCACCCGUCUGAAGAUAUUCGUGGUGUGGUCACGGCGAUCUACAACGAGGAAGGUGACCUCCUUGAAGAGCGGAAAAACUUCUACGACCCCGAUGCCCACUCUCUAUUUCUUCCGGUUGAGCAAAAAGGUGAAAGUAGAAGAAUAAAAGAAGAAAAUAGAGGACAAGAGAGUCGACGGGGACGUGGGCGUAGGCGAUUGCCUGGUCGUGGUCAAAGAAGAGUGAAUGUAAGGCGUCGAUGGACCGUAGGCGAUCCACUGACAGAAGUGUACGUAGAUGAUGAUGAUGUGCCAGAAGUCUUGAAGACUAUGGUGAUGAAUGUAAUAAGGAACCGAAUUGCAGCACGUAAAAGGAAUGCAAGGAAUAAUAUAAAGAGGGAAGAUAGCGAUGUUGAAUGCGAGGACGAAGACUUUUUAGACGUAGACCGUGAAUUCACUUGGUCUGAUAUGAAAUCUUUCGUACCAGAGGAAGAGGAAUUUUCGCAAGACAAAAUAGGGGCUGUGAUUCCAUCCCAGUCGCCGUACGAGGCCUUCAGGCGGUACUGGGAUGAUGAGAUUAUUGAACACAUUGUCACAGAAACGAAUCGGUACGCAACUUCAAUAAAUUCACAAAAUUUUCAGACGGAAUGGUUCCCAACUAAUGGUGAUGAAAUACUCUGCUUAUUUGCCUUUUGGAUAAUGUUGGGCAUCAUUAGAAUGCCCACCAUCAAAAGCUGCUUCUCCAGGGAUCCCCUUCUACAGAGUAAUGUUUUUCGUAAGAUUUUCAGUUAUAAACGCUAUACACAUCUGUCUCGCGCUCUUAAUUUUUUUGAUUUAACCGCUUCUUCUGACGGACAGAUAGACAUACUUUCAAGUAUACUACCCAUCAUCGACCAUUUGAAUUCCCGUUUUCAAAAUAAUUAUAUUCUUGGCCAAAACAUCUGUAUCAACGAAAGCCUUACUCUGUGGAAGGAUAAACUGCGUUUUAAAGAGUAUAUACGAUCAAAGGCGACCAAAUUUGGAAUCAAGACUUUUGAACUCUGCGAGAGUGCGACGGGUUAUUUGUGGUCCUUUUUUGUUUACACAGGAAAGGACACUGAUGAUGACUCGAAGCUGCUGCAUAAGAGUACAAAAGUCGUUUUGAAAUUAGUUCGUCCUCUUCUCAACAAGGGCUACAAGCUAUUUAUGGAUAGCUGGUUUAACUCACCACUUCUAGCGCGAUUUCUGAAGCGUAAUGGCACCGACUGUGUUGGUACCUUAUGCCCUUCCCGUCAAGAUGUGCCACCGUUGAUGAACCUCGCCAAGCUCAAGCAAGGGCAGUUCAUAGCGAGACAUUCCGGUGACGUUUGCGUGAUGGCGUGGCAAGACAAGAAAAAAAUCACCACAUUGUCCACCUGCCAUGGGAUAGCCACUGGUUUGUCUACUGUGACUUCAAGACCAUCUAAACCGAUUGCCGUUAAACCCCAGGUUGUCUUAGAUUACAACCGUAACAUGGGGGGCGUCGACUUGAAGGACCAGAUGCUUGAGCCGUACUUGGUUGAGGGGAAGCGUUGUACCAAAUGGUACAUGAAACUUUUCAAGAGACUGUUAAACUGCUCCAUCCUAAAUUCUCGCAUACUACUGCAAUUUUCUAAACAGGCACAUCAAGACCACUUAGCUUUCCGACUUAAACUCGUAGACGAAAUUUUGGAGUUGCAUCUCGAAAAUACCCCGAGAUCUGUCCGCCCCGAAUCUUUCCAAAGCAGUUCUUCAGCUUCAUUCCAUGGCCAUUGGCCAAUUCACCAUCCCCAAAGGGAGUCCGAUGCCAGCCGCAAUAGGAAAACGCAGCAGAAAUGUUUCUUCUGCCUGCAAGCCGGCCGUAAGAACAGCAAAACAGCUUACCGGUGCGAAGCUUGCAAUGUGUCUUUGUGCAUUGAACCCUGCUUUAAGGAACAUCAUACAACCCGACCGAGUUGACUGCACACCUAGUAGCCGUGACGUCACAUUGACGCUCUGGUAACGGGCGAACGCGGGAAAGUGAGCGAACGCGAGGGAGAGUCGCAUUCCGAAGUGCGCAGUUAGCUCGAUGGGGUUGAACUUCGUCAAGAAAUUAUCAUUAUUUUCUCCGUUCCCCUUCUUCAUAUCGAAAUAUUCUGUGAGUUAAACCAGUUGUCCAUCAUUUUUAUUUUGCUUAUAAUGUCUAUGGUCUAUAAACCGAAUUUGGACGUCUUUGAUUUUUUAGUCUUGUUUUUUUGACAAUUUAAAACCCC